UUCAACCUUCAACAAGACAAAAAAACCCACAUCACCCACCAAAGCCCUCUCUCCGCGUACCAGGUAUGUCUGGAUUGAAUUUGCGGCCCCCGGAUUGAAAUAUGCACUCGAAAAUCGUUAAUUCCUGGAUGUUUACGGGAGUUAUGGCGUUUUUUCGUGGGCAUCUCUCAGUCUCGAAUUCGAGCGACCAGAUGAUCCCAUAGUGCGAGACGCUGACCAUCGAUUCUACGACUAUUCUAGGCUCGUCCGAAUCGCAAAAAUGGCUGACCCUCGUGUUGAAGAAGUCCCCGAUGAGGAGGUCCCCAAGACCAACGUCGAAGAUGCCGGCAGCAGCUCUGAGUCUGAGGCUGGAGAGGAGCCCACCAUCCCCGGCGGUGCCGCUGUCACCAUCCACUCCCGUAACGAGAAGAAGGCCCGUAAGGCCAUUGGCAAGCUCGGCCUGAAGCACGUCCCGGGUAUCACUCGUGUCACCCUCCGCAGACCUAAGAACAUUCUCUUCGUUGUCAACCAGCCCGACGUCUACCGUUCCCCCUCCAGCAACACCUGGAUCAUCUUCGGUGAGGCCAAGAUCGAGGACCUGAACUCCCAGGCCCAGGCCAACGCUGCCCAGCAGCUCGCUGCCGCUGAGGCCGCUGGUGACCACGCCGGUCACGACCACGAGCACGAGCCCCUCGGCAAGGCCAAGGCCCCCGAGACUGAGGCUAAGAAGGAGGAGGAAGAGGAUGAUGGAGAGGAGGUUGACGAGACCGGCCUCGAGGCUAAGGACAUUGACCUGGUCGUGGCCCAGGCCAAUGUUUCUCGCAAGAAGGCCGUCAAGGCCCUUAAGGAGAACGACAACGAUAUCGUGAACUCCAUCAUGGCCCUCAGCAUAUGAAAUCCUGCACGACUUGAAGCACACUCUGCCAGUGGCUGAUUUUCCCUAGCCCUGCUGGCAGGAUGGACUUUGGGUGCAAGGUCAAGUUCUGCCAGGCCCCCAUAGUGUAAAUCAGUUAGUCAAAAAGCAGAAUUGAACGAUCUAAUUCAAACCUUUUGGCUUGUGGGACAUAUUUACAACAUGGCCCUUGUGUAGUAAAUUUUGCGCGGUAACACACGUUGAAAUAUUCAGAAUAAAUUUAAUUUGAAUUUAU